GACUACAUUUCCCAGUAGCGUCUUAUCUGUCAAUAAGGAUACUGUUGAAUGGGCGCAAAGGCAAUAUCACGUUGUGUUUUGUGGCAUACGCUAGUACAACGCACCGGUUAAAUUAGUAGAUAAGUUGUCUUAGUUUAUUGAACUUUAAUGGAAUACAACCCAGCGGUGGGAUAAACCAGUCGCGAGCAAUGCUGCAGAAAGAGCCAUUAGCUACUUUGUAAACUGAGUUCAGUCUGAUAAGUUAGCUAGCUAACGUUAGUCGGGUAGCACACUGGCGUAUCUUGUUGCAAAUAAUGUCCAGUGUUCCACAGAAUAACCUGGAAGAGCAACUGGCGAGGCACAGCAGUGCUGCUCAGAGCAAGUUGUCUCUGGCUAAACCCAAAACGGGGGGCUUUUCUUUCAAGAAGAAGUCCCCAUCAGGUACAGCCAAGGUGGAAGUACCAGCCAAGGUAAUCAGCCCAAAUGUCUUCGCAAACAGGAAUGUAAAUAUCCCUAAGAACAGUUUGGUGACUAAAUCUCCGUUGACAUUUUCAAAUAAGAUUGAGAGACCUCAAAAGUCAACAAAAAUCAACCGCUUCUUCCCUGUAAGUUCAAAAGGCAAGGUGGACUCCCUUAGCCCAGCAGGUACCUGCUCACCUGGUAUUCUGGGGACUACAGCUCCAACUAAAUAUGAUGACCAGGUUACUAGUGGAAAUGGAGGCAAUUCUACGAGUCUAGAUGCAUCUCCAGGAUUCCCAAUGGACGACUGGGAUGAUUUUGAUGACUUUGAAACUCCUGCCAAAGCUAAAAAUGACUCAUUCACUUCAGAAAAAUCAGGGAAGAGUAGCAAGCCAGUGUCAUCUCCUAGUGAAGAAAAAACAGAAAUCACAAGGAAAGUAAACCAUGAUGCCCCUGCUUUAGACAAAAGUUUUACAAACAAGAUUCGUCUCUCUGAAAGUGAACAGUUUUGUAUGGAAACAGAUGAACUGGAGCACAGUGUCAAAAAAGCUGUAGUUUCACCAGGACCUAGUGUGAUUCAGGACCCACCAGAGGUUGAAUUGGAGGAUUCCCCUAUUAAAAUGACCAGAAGACGUGCUCCUGCUCAAAAUGUGAAGCCUGUCAUGAGUGAUAGUGAAGAAGAUGAUGUCAGGCCUGAGCCGUUUGUAGAAAGGGCAGAUGAUAAGAUAAAAUGGACUGACCCAAAGGUAUUGGAGUUUGAUAAUUCAGAGGCUGACGAUGACCUAGGUUGCAUUCCCCCUUCACCGAUCGAAGAUGAGAUCUCUCGUACUACUACUCCAUUGCGGACAAGAUAUAAUUCAGCUGAUACUGAAUUCAGUGACAGUGCAGUGCACUCAAAAGGACUCAUCACAGCACUACAUGAACCUUCUGAACACCACUCAAAAGACAAAACAAAUGAGCAACUUUUCAUCAUAAUGGAGUCCAUUUGUUCUUUGGUUGAUUCCAUCCCCGAGUACGAACUUAUAGGUCUAUCAUGUGGAAAUGAGCUUUUAUUAAAGAGGGCUCAAAGGAAGAGGAUUCUUGCAACAGGUGGUGAAGCUUUGUUGAAGAUGCAGCAGCCUGACAGCACUGUGAUAUCUGAACCUAGCUUAAAAGAAAAAUCAUCUUCUACCGGUGAUAUGUCUAGUGUCAUGUCAUCCAGCAGCUCUGUGACUGUGGACUCCAAGAAACCUCUUCUGAUCAGGAGAUCUUCAGUGAUCUCUGUGGAAUCUGAUCACUCUGACAGUGUUAUUGAUGUUAAUCCCUUGUUCAGUGAAGACACCGGGACAGUGUAUGUUGAAAAUGAGAGUAUCUGUGACACAAAACCAUCUUUUAAUUUCUCUAAGAAGUUGAGCACAGACCUGAAUGAUUCAGAUCUCUUCUUUUCACCCAAGAAGCCAGAGACUGUUCAGAACAGACUGAAAACUCCAGCAGCCAUCACAGCUUCUGAAGACAUAGAACUAGGUGACUUUUACAAUGACGACUUUGACAUAGAUGACUUUAAUGACUCUGAUAUCCCUGAUUACUUUGAUGAACCCCCAACUUCAUCAGCAUUGGGACAAAACUCCAGCACUGUGACUACAACAGUGAAAGAAGGGGGACCAAGCAAAUCUUCAUGGGAGAAGAAACCAGCGACACCCGUGUCUGCACCAAAACCUUCAAAGUUCUGCUCCCCUGAGCCCACCUAUAGAAACCCAGCCCACGAUCGUUUCCGAGGAUUCAACUUCCCCCACUCACAGGAGAUGAUGAAGAUCUUUCACAAGCGUUUUGGUCUUCAUCAGUUCAGAUUUAAUCAACUCGAAGCAAUUAAUGCAUCAGUUCUGGGGGAAGAUGCCUUUGUUUUGAUGCCCACAGGUGGCGGUAAAAGUCUAUGUUACCAGCUGCCUGCCUGCGUGUCACCAGGAGUCACUGUGGUCAUCUCCCCACUCAAAUCCCUCAUUGUAGACCAGAUCCAGAAACUCACUACUCUGGAUAUUCCAGCAACAAGUCUGUCUGGUGAGAAAAGUGACAGUGAAGCAGGGAGGAUUUAUUUGCAGCUCUCCAGGAAAGACCCCAUCAUUAAACUGCUCUAUGUCACUCCUGAAAAGGUGAGUGCAAGUACCAGGCUGAUUUCCGCCCUGCAGAACCUGUACGAGCGAGGGCUUUUAGCACGGUUUGUCAUAGAUGAGGCUCAUUGUGUCAGUCAGUGGGGUCAUGAUUUCCGUCCAGACUACAAGAGGUUGCAUGAACUGCGUCAGAAAUUCCCCAACGUGCCAAUGAUGGCUCUGACAGCGACGGCCACUCCCCGUGUCCAGAAAGACAUCCUCAACCAGCUGAAUAUGACUCGGCCGCAGGUGUUUACCAUGAGUUUCAACCGAAUAAACCUGAAGUAUGCUGUGCUGCCCAAGAAACCCAAAAAGGUUGAUGAGGACUGCAUCAGCUGGAUCAAAAAGCACUACCCACGUGACUCUGGUAUUGUGUACUGCCUGUCCCGUAAUGACUGCGAUGCCAUGGCUGAGAGUCUGCAGAGAGCCGGGAUUUUAGCUCUGUCAUAUCACGCAGGCCUGAGUGACGGUGACAGAGAAUAUGUGCAGAGCAAGUGGAUCAAUCAAGACGGCUGCCAGGUCAUCUGUGCCACAAUAGCCUUUGGCAUGGGCAUUGAUAAGCCUGAUGUGCGCUAUGUGAUUCAUGCCAGUCUGCCCAAAUCAGUGGAGGGUUACUACCAGGAGUCAGGGAGAGCUGGCAGAGAUGGAGACAUCUCUCACUGCAUUCUCUUCUACUCCUACGCCGAUGCUCACCGCAUCAAGAGGAUCAUUAGCAUGGACAGAGAAGGUGAUAGACACACCAAGCAGACUCAUUACAACAACCUACACAGCAUGGUGCACUUCUGUGAGAACAUGAUGGAGUGCAGAAGAAUUCAGCUGCUCGCCUACUUUGGGGAGCUGAAGUUCAACAAAAGCUUUUGCAAGGACCACCCCGAUGUCAGCUGUGACAACUGUGCCAAACCCAACCAAUACAAGAUAAGGAACGUUACUGAAGAUGUGAAGAAGAUUGUGAGGUUUGUCCAGGAGAACUGCGAGAAAGUUGGAGCAAGGUUUGGCAAGACUGCUCAGCAAAACCGGCUGACACUAAACAUGCUGGUGGACAUCUUCCUAGGUUCCAAAUCUGCCAAGAUACAGGUGGGAAUGUUUGGCAUAGGAGGAGCCUACUCCAGGCAUAAUGCUGACCGUCUCUUCAAAAAGCUGGUUCUGGACAACGUUCUGGUUGAGGACCUCUACAUCACAGUCAACGGUCAAGCUGUGAUAUAUAUCUCUGCUGGGCCAAAAGCCAUGAAUGUGCUGUCUGGACACAUGCAGGUGGAGUUCUAUGAGACAGAGAGUGCAUCUAGCAUCCGGAAACAUAAAGCUGCUGUGGCCAAAAACAUCUCCAAGAGAGAGGAGAUGGUUCAGGAGUGUCUGAAGGAGCUGACAGACCUGUGCAAGCAGCUGGGGAAAACGUUUGGCAUUCACUAUUACAACAUAUUCUCCACUGCCACCUUGAAAAAGAUAGCUGAGAAGCUUUCUUCUGACCCUGAGGCCCUCCUGCAAAUUGAUGGGGUAACAGAGGACAAACUGGACAAGUAUGGAGCUGAAGUCAUCCAGGUCCUACAAAAAUACUCUGAAUGGCAGCUGCCAGCAGAUGAACAGACCAACAGUGGUGGAGACGGGUGGAUAGACACAACACGAGGACGUACAAGCGUAGAUUUUAAUGACGAGGACGACACGGAAUCCUCCACCUACUUCCGUAAUCAGGCCCCACAAGGACAGAAGAGGAAGAAAGCUCCAUUCUUCCAGUAUUCCAAGAAGAGAAAAGGAUAUGGCAACACAAGUGCUAGUUCUAAAGGUCGAGGCUAUAGCAGUAAUAAGUCCUGGUCAUCGGGCACCUACAGAGGUGGAUCAAAAGUCGCAGGUCCUAGGGGCAGGAGCUCCGCAGGAAAUGGAUCGACAGCCAGGACACCGGGCAUCUUGGCUCCCCCGACCCCUCAGACCAACCAGCGGCCCUUCUUAAAGCCGGCCUUUUCACACUUAAGCUAGGCCCAUCAUCUGGACUUUUAAAACACCAUGUAACAGUAGGUGUUAGUAAUUGUUGUAAAGCAUUUAUAUGUUCUAUCCCAACUGUUUACUGAACCUGUUAAAAUUGUACAUUUAUGUUUUAUACAUUUAUUUUCAUUGGGUCCAGACUUUAUAUUGACUGAUGGAGAACUUUUCACUCUGUACAUCUUAAUUCUUUAUAUUAAAGACACAAAAGUUUAUUAAUGACUUAUUGCUUAAACCAGUCUAUAUUCAGAAAAUGUUUGUGCUAGAGAAGAGCAACGUGUCCUGAAGUAGUUGUUCCACAAAGCCACAGGGGGGAGCCACAUCACCUUUUCAUUCAAUGUUUAUUUCAAGUUUGAAUAGUUUUAUUUAAUGGCACCAGUUACAAGGGACUAUUGGAGAGAAACUAUUUUAUACUGACUUGUACAGAAGGUUACCUAAAGUACAAACAUGACUUUGGAAUGGCUCAGACUAAACAAGAACUGGAUUUGGCACAUGAAUUUAUAUAUACUUGUGUGUGUAUAUAUAACAUAACUAAACAAGCUCCAAUCUCAGGAUCGAACAAUGCAGACUACAUAAACCACCAGACAUGGAUAUGCACAGACGCUACAUGUAUGCACAGUCCUGUGAGGGUCUGAUUACUGCAAGCUGACAGAGAAGCAAAGAGCAGAUCAAACUGCCUUUGGCUAUAACUGUAACUAACCUCUGUUAUGCAAGUGUCAUCCAUAUUAAGGUGACAGGGGUUUUGACCAGGAAAGAACAUCAGGUAGCCUACUGUGCAUCUGAAUAGAUUAUGUAAUUAACUAAUCAAAUAUUAACAAAAACAUUAAAACAGUGUAUGAAGGACGGCCAAUAACAAUCUGACACUUUAGGUUUAUGUCAUAUACAGUAUGUAUUUUCUUUUUUUUUUUUGGCGUUUUCUAUUUGGGUAUCUGUCUGAUUGUUGAAAAUAGCAAAACAGGGAGUAGACAAAAUAACAAGAACACCUCACAGUAAAGUGCAGUUCAGUACAGUAACCACAAAAGACAGCCUCAAAAUGCACCUAACCCCUGACAAAGCCUAAGCAAGAACGGUUUAGUUUUGCAAAUGUAAGAUUUGUUAGAUGAAAUUGCAUUAUACUGUACCAUGCAGGUGUUUGUUAUUGAGUUCAUCCACUGUAUGAGUUUAAACACAAGAAUUGAUUCUUCAUCAUCCAAUACACCAUACUGUAUUGUGUACUCUAUGCUUAUGGUUGCUUAUCAGAGACAGCAGUAGUUUUUAAACCAUGGAUGGCAUGUUCGAUCAUCAAAAGUCACACAUCUGGCCAGAACUGUAGCCAUUUCCCAUUAAAUAAAAGAAUAGUAAACUAUGUAAACAUGAAAGCAACUGAAAAGUAAAAGUCAGGUUUGUCACAUGAAACAUGCCCGUAAAGACAAAUUAAGACUUUGGGCUACCUACAGUUUCAGCCAGAGAUGGACACCAUUUUCCAUCUCAGCCUGGGAGUUUUAAUGAUAUGUAGUUGACAGGGUUGUUGGUAAACUGCAGUUAGGAUCCAGGGAACUGUCACUUGACAGUGAAAACAAUAAA